CUAACUUAAAGCUUAACUGUUGGAGAACAAGUUGCAGCUAAGAAGGACCUUUUGCGAGCAAUCAAUUUCUUUCAUUCAAAACUAAGUAAUUGAAAAGAAGGAAACUAUACAGAUUGACAAAAACAUAUAAGUAGAUGUAAUAAAUAAUAUCCCGCAUACAUUAUUCCGCUGAUUCAAAAUUCUAAUGAAAACAAAUUCAAAAUACAAAUUGAAUAUUCGUUACAAAAUUACCUUAUUUUCUGAUAGGACCACAUUGUUUCUAUAUCUCGCUUCAACACAUUCGCCAGUGAAUCACUAGUAUUGUUAUCUCACUUCACUUAAAAGCAACGUCACUUCUAUAAUGCGCGUUCAAAUGAUCCGAACUACUUUAAGGCGCCCGAGCAUUGGAAAAGUGCCGUGUGCAAAAGCUGGCCAAUUUUGCACUCCAAACUAAAGUAACGAAUUUCUAGAAUUUAAAUGCAUAAAUUUAUCAAGAACGAGUCAUUUUUUCAAUCACAUAUGUGUUUUUCUUUAAAUUAUUUUGAAUAUAUGUAUAGGUAUAGCUACAUUGUAAUCUGAAAUACUUUUCGAUAAUUUCUGAAUUCUGGAACCAAAUUUCAAGUCCAGAAAUUGACUAUUAAGUAAGUACCUACGAAUUAACUUUUUGUCAACAAAGACAAAGCGACAAAAGGGGAUGAGUUUGGAAUUUCUCUAUAAUUAGUAAUAUAUGUGCAAAUUUAAUAAAACAAUUUUAGCAUUGAAUGCCAAAGAUUAAAAGUAGGUAAAGUUAAUGUAAUACAUACUUGAUUAUACUUUGGAUAAUGAUUGGACCUCUUAAUAAAUUUAUGAUAGAAAAAACUAGAAAAAAAUCAGCAUAUAAACAUAAGAUUACAGUGUUUUUGGAUACUUUGGUGCAUAAACUAUUGUUUAAAAUUUCUCUCAGUAUUUCUUAUAGCAUCCAUAAACUUCCUUAUCAUUUUUACAAUGAUUAUUAUGUUAUAAAUUCUGACACAAACAUAAAAUCACGUUAUUUGCUCAAAUACUGUAAAUUUUAUUAAAAUUUUAAAAUACAGUCUAAAUGUGCAAUUGUUCGAACACGAAAUCAGUUUCUGAACUCUGAACUUCACUGAAUCAACAAAUAAUGAAGUAAAGUGAAAGUAGUGUUGUUGUUACCUGUCAUAAUAUAUUUGUAAACAAACAUCUACUCUCAUCAGAGAAAGAUAACUACAUUGGAUAUGAUAUGGGAUGAACAAGAACGGAUAUACUGCGGAAUAAUGGGAUAAAGGAUACGGCUUUCUCUUUGUAACAAAAUAACCAUUGAUCGAAGUCCGAUUACUGCGAAGAUGAUCUUUAUUCAAAAUUUAUAAUUGAUAAGGCAUGUGGAAAAAAGCACCAACAAAAAACUUAUAAAACCAUUUGAAUAUGGGCAAGCCCAAGAAAGCUGCUAAACGGCCAUUUAAAGCAGAAAUAGACAAAUUGGAAAUAAACGUACAGAAAAAAUUAGACGCUGUUGAAGAGGAAUCUGAUUCGGAUUAUGAAGAAGUUGACAUAGAUCAGCCAAAAUUUUUACAAGAUUUAAAAGUAAACGAAGACGACAGCUCAGAUUCUGAUGCUGAAAUAGAAGCCAGCGAGGAAGAUGAGGAUCACGAAUCUGCUGAAGAACAAAGUCAAGAAGAUAAUGACGAUGUAUCAAGUGAUUCAGAAGAAGAAGGCGAAAAUGAUGGAAAAAUCCAAAAAGCUGAAUCCAGUAGUAAAAAUACGAAAACAACCCAGAAAAAAUCUCUUGUCAAACUUACCAGACCCAUGUCCAGUGAAAAUGGUGCAAACUCAACAUUAACAAAUAGGCAAAAUGAAGAAGUAAGUGCAAAUGAAAGUUCAAGUGAGGAAGAAGAUGAAGACGAAUAUAAAGAAUAUGACACAAGUGAUGAGGAAGAUAUCAGAUGUACCGAGGGAAAUAUCAAUAAAGCAUGGUUAGCUGAUUUCAAACAUCUUGGCUACGACUGGGAUGGUAAAAAAGUAAUAAAACCAGACACCGGCGAUCGCCUAGACGAGUUCCUAAAAAGAAUGGAAGAUCCCGACUUUUGGAGAACAGUCAAAGAUCCCCAAACCGGUCAAAAUGUCAUUCUCAGUGACGAGGACGUAGAACUUAUAAAAAGAAUACGCGGCCAACAAAUUCCCGAAAAAGAAUUCGAGGAAUAUGCACCAUGGAUCGAAUGGUUUUCGUCACAAGUUGAACAAAUGCCUAUAAGAAACUUCCCCGAACACAAAAGGUCGUUUUUACCAAGCAAAGAUGAAGCUAAAAAAGUUUCGAAAUUGGUGCACGCUUUGAAAAUGGGGUGGAUCAAAACCAGAGAGGAACAAGCUAAAUUAAGAAAAAAGAAGGAACCGACGUUUUAUAUGUUGUGGAAAAAUGAAGAUGAUCCCAAGGUUAGAGGAAUACAUAAACAUAUUCCUGCGCCUAAGAGAUUAUUACCAGGUCAUGCCGAAUCAUACAACCCACCUCCAGAAUACCUAUUUGACGCCAAGGAAAUGAAAGAAUGGAAUAAACUGAAGAACGCCCCCUGGAAACGCAAACAUCAUUUUAUCCCCGAAAAGUAUGACUCCCUCAGAAAAGUUCCCGCCUAUCCGAGAUUCAUCAAAGAACGUUUCUUGCGUUGCUUGGACUUGUACCUGUGUCCUAGAGCUAUAAAAAUGAAACUGAACAUAGAGCCAGAGUCUUUGGUGCCCAAACUGCCCAGUCCUAGAGAUUUACAACCGUUCCCUACUACAUUGGCCAUACAAUAUAAGGGACACACUGAUAUGGUUAGAGCGAUAAGCACUGAUCACACUGGACAAUAUUUGUUGAGUGGGUCAGACGAUUGUACAAUUAAAAUUUGGGAAGUGCACACUGGCAGAUGUCUAAAAACUAUUCCGUGUGUCGGCAUUGUGAGAAGUGUAGAAUGGUGUCCCAACCAUGAUCUAACUUUAGUCCUAGUAGCAGCAGGCAAUGAAAUUCUAAUUAUUAAUCCAGGAGUUGGCGAUUUUGUCAAGAAGAGCAAAACAGAUUCUGUUUUGAGUCUUGAACCUAAUCAGACUGAUUCCAUUGUCAGUGAAAGAGUAAAAUCGACAGUCCAAUGGUGCCUACCAGAUCAAGAGCUGUACAAAACCGGCCUCCGCAUCCAACUUAAAGCCUUCAAAAUGGUAUCCCAAGUGACCUGGCAUGGUAAAGGAGAUUAUUUCGGUGCAGUUAUACCUGACGGCCAAAGCCGAUCCGUAUUGAUUUCACAAUUAUCGAAACGUAAAAGCCAACUUCCCUUUACAAAGUCCAAAGGUUUGGUACAAUGCAUCAAAUUCCACCCAAAGAAACCGUUUUUGUUUGUGGCCACUCAAAGACACGUGAGGAUUUAUGAUUUAUUGAAGCAAACUCAGAUUAAAAAAUUGAUGACCAAUUCCAAAUGGAUUUCCACUAUGGAUGUUCAUCCUAUGGGAAAUAAUUUGUUAGUAGGUACCUACGACAGGAAAAUGUUAUGGUUUGACUUGGAUCUAAGUAGGAAACCUUAUCAAACAUUGAGACUACAUGGAACUGCUGUGAGGGGUGUAGCUUACCAUAAAAGAUAUCCUUUGUUUGCAUCUGGUUCAGAUGAUAGAAGUCUUAUUAUAUCACAUGGAAUGGUUUACAAUGACCUCCUCCAAAAUCCUUUGAUAGUGCCCCUAAAGAGACUACAAGACCAUCAACCAUUUAACGAUUUUGGUAUUCUGGGUGUUCAUUUUCAUCCGUUCCAACCCUGGGUAUUUUCUUGCGGUGCUGACAGUACAAUUAUGUUGUAUUCCAACUAAUUUUAGGUUACUUUAUACCUAAGUUUAGAAUUGACUUUUUCUUUUUUGUUAUUAAUGGAAUUUAAUAUUUUUCUUUUUUUAAUUCUUACGUUGUUUUGUAUAAAUAAAGUGAUGAAUACAUUUUUUUGCAAAAAUAUUUAAUGGUUUUCCUACAUAUAAUUUGUGAAAAAUGAUGCGAAAUUGAGUCAACAAUGGUUACCUAUUUAUGUAUUUAGGCCAAUAAGUGAUACUUUUUGUGCCGAGUUGAAAAUUUGAAGGCCGAUAUGUGAGAUGAAUGAAUCAAAUACAUAGUUACAGCUACAUAUUGCUUGUAUUUCUUUGAAUGGUGACUCCAGCAAAAAUACAAGUACUUACCUCUUCCAAGUGAAGCAAAUUUUCGCAUAUGAAACCGCAGGUAAACUGAAAAAAAAGGAUGUUUUUGGAUGUUUUAAAAAGAAAAAUUAAGGCUAGAAAAAAUAUAUUACAUUUAGGGUCGGUUUAUUCACCUUCUGAUAAACUGUUAGGUAUGCAAUCUGAUGUUUACAAACACAAUCUGUAAUCCUCUUGGUCGGCCAGUUAUCCGCUGACCAAAAAAUUUUAUCUUGCAGAUAGUUACCAGCAAGAUGAAUAAACCACGCCUUGACAAAAUAAAAAUAUGUUCUUAUAAAAUUACUCAAAGAGCAGGUGGAUUUAUACAAAUUGAAAAAAAGAAAGCCAUCAUUAUUUUUUUUCGGACUAGAGAUACAUACAUAGUUUUAAAUCAAAUUCACUCGAGUCCCACUUUUUGUAUAAUUUUGAAACACGUGCACACAAGAAAAUAAGAAAACAAUAAUUAUUACCUUAAGCAGUUCAGUUUUCCUAAAAAAAAAGUUAAUUGAUUAAUUUUUUCACAUUUACUGAUAUAAUAUGGUACCUAUAUCAAUAUCAAUUAUUUAAAAAUAUGGCCGUUUGCCUAACAACAAACCCAUAUAAAACUCUGCUCUGGGGACUGUAAGUCUCACCCAGAGAUAAUUCAUUUUCAACUCAAAAAAAGGAUAACAUAACAAUACCUAAACCUAAAGUUUAACAAUAUACAUAAAUGUGAACUUAUAGCUAGGAAAACUAAAAGAUUGUUUUAACUAUGUAGAAAGUUUGAAAUUUAAAUAAAGUUAAAAUGAAAUUUUGGAAAUUAAAAAAGUUUAUAAUAUGUUCAGUGCUGAACUCAGUACUGUAAAAAAUUAAUUUCCAAAUAUACCAUCAAAUACAAUAUAUAAAGUUGUGUUUUAUGGUACAAUAAUUGGCGAGUUUGCAUAAUCCCCCGUGAACUUAAGGAUGACAUUUUAUAAGUAACAAAACGGAUCACGUGGGCCUAUCAUGUUUUGGCUCAAGGAAGAUUAACUGAACUUAAUUAAAAAUUGUCAGUACUUACGACCUAUUUUGAGCUUGAGCAAGCCUCAAAAAUAGCACCUUUUCUAACCAUUUUGGAGAUAGCAGUAGUGAUAUGACCUGAAAUGGCCAUUCUGUAUACAUAAAUCAUAUUGGUAUAUGUAUAUAAAAAAAGAUUGUGAAUUUCUCUAUCUGUAAAAUGAGUUUUAAUCGAGAUUUGCUGAUCAAGUGUUUGAUCAAAAGUACUAUUUGAGUAGUGCCUGUAAGUGCUCAAUCGAAUAAAAAUAAAUACAUAGAAUCAAAUAAAAAGAAAGAAAAUCUAACAUGUAACGUGAAUUGUAACAACUUUCCUUAUAGCGGUGUUGGCUGUAUAACGUCAUCUUUGGUAAUGGUCGUUAAAACAUUAUCUUUUAAGCCACAGUUUUGACAAACAAAGUAAGUGUCUGCAUUAACACACUUUUCAUGAGCCCAUCCGUGACAUUUCGUGCAUCUAAUCCAUUCUUCGCCUGCUAGAGAUUUAGAAUAUUUUCCCGAGCAGACUAAACACAGCGCAUCAUCGACAUCAUAUGAACCAUCUUCUAGUAAAACAGGUUUUCUAGACUUUCUUUUUCUAUGUUUAGUCUGUUUUUGAUUUCCUUUUUCUUUGCCUAUACCCUUAUUAUCCUUAUUUAUGUUUUCACAGUAUCUGUGUAGCGUCGUGGGAUUUAUAAAAUGCUUCUCUGCAACGGUCCCAACUGAUUCUCCUUGAUUCAGUACUUCUUGUGCAGCAUUAUCAAGAUUGGUCUGUGUAUGUUCUUUAUUUCCUGCAAUUUUUAUUUUCAUUUCCUCUUCAAUUAUUCUUUGGCUUACUUACCCGCUCUUGCUUUUAGAACGUUCCUCCGCAACGUCGACACAUUUAUGGAAUGUUUACGUGCAAUUGAACUGAUCGAUUCUUCAGAGUGCAGCAGCGCGUCGUUCACAGCAAUCUGAAUAGUUGCUAGUGAUGAUCUGCGCCUCCUAGUUCUUGUUUU